AUGGGAGCGACUUUUUACCCCGGUGCAAUCGAUGACUACCAGAUGCCCGAAGUGAUCUCUCCAGCACCCCAAAGGGUGAUGCCCGAAGUUCCUGAGAACAUGCAGGAUAACCUCGCCCAUCUCGAACUCGAAGCCUCUGGGUCGAAUCGAAUGGCGAACUACUCUGCAGGGCCUCAGAACCAAUUCCCAACGCGGGGCUCGUCGAUGCAAACCUCACCAGGCAACGGUAAUAACGGAGCUUCCUUUGGCAGCCAGUAUUCGCAGUCCAACUAUGGCGCUCCAACCCUGUCCAGUGACUACGCCGAACGGCCCAACUUUUCACCCUUCCCCGCGCUCCAAAAUCCCCCGCCCAAUGUGCCCCCAAGCGAUGACCAGCGUGAAGCAAACUUGGAGCGGGGUCGGGUCGCGGUGCUCGCCUCCAACGACCCCGAGAUGCAACUUGCCUGGGCGCAGGAUGCGCUGUCAUAUGUGGAGGUAGCUAUGCAAAACGACCUCCGCAAUGCCGUUGUUCAGCCGCGAAGGCCCCAAACUCCGCAGGGUGAACACCAGCUUAAAGUGGAUGCCAUCAACAUUGUCUCCUUUCUUGCUGAACAAUCACACCCACGCGCAGAAUUUAUUCGAGGAAUGUGGCUUGAAUUUGGAAAAUUUGGCUUUCGAAUCGACAAAAAGGAGGCUUUCCGGUGUUAUCAACGUGCCGCGGAAAAAGGAUAUGCCAGAGCAGAAUACCGGAUGGGUAUGCAAUUUGAAAACUCGAACGAGCCGCUGAAGGCAAUUAAACAUUAUGAGAAAGGUGUGAGCGUUGGAGAUUCCGCUUCAUACUACCGGUUGGGAAUGAUGAUACUUCUAGGACAACAUGGCCAACGCCAGGACUACUCUGUAGGGCUAGAUCACAUUAGAUAUGCGGCUCAAACAUGUGAUGAAAACGCUCCCCAGGGCGCCUAUGUCUACGGCAUGCUCCUAGCUCGCGAACUUCCACAAGUUGCUGUUCCAGAGGAAUAUCUAUCCUUAGAUUUGAAUGGCGCUCGCAUCAAUAUCGAGAAAGCUGCAUAUCACGGGUUUGCAAAAGCUCAAGUGAAGAUGGGAGCUGCUUAUGAGUUAUGUCAACUAGGGUGCGAUUUUGACCCCGCUCUAUCUUUACACUAUAAUGCACUGGCAGCACGCCAAGGCGAACCAGAAGCGGAGAUGGCAAUCAGCAAGUGGUUUCUGUGUGGCCAUGAAGGCGUCUUUGAAAAGAACGACGAGAUGGCAUUUCUCUACGCUAAACGCGCCGCGCAGAAUGGCCUACCUACAGCUGAAUUUGCUCUUGGAUAUUUCUAUGAAAUUGGAAUUCACGUACCUGUGGAUAUUAAAGAAGCUCGCACUUGGUAUGCUAAAGCAGCAGCUAGUGGUAACAAAGACGCGACUUCGCGAAUCGACAGUAUAUCAAGAUCGAAAACCCUAUCAAGAAAGGAUCAUGAGCGAGUUGCUAUCGCACGCAUCAAAUCUCAAUAUGCUUCUCAUGGGCGACCCCAACAGCAGCGCUAUUCUUCCAUGCAAGGUGAACGCCCCAUCCAGGAAACCUUAGAGAUGCCGGACCCCUCAAAGAUGUCGAUUUCUGGGGACCCAAUGGAUCCACGUUCAUCUGCAGUUCCAUACCAAGAGCCUAAUUCUCGGUACGGGCGGCCAGGUGCUCCCGGGAAUCAAUAUGGGCCUGAUAUGCGACCGACAUCUGCGUUCGGCAUUAACCCCAAUAUCAGAGCGCAGUCUGUACAAAGCGCCCCUUCUCCUGCCCAUCGGAUGCCUUCCAUGGGACCCCCUCAAGGCUAUGGCCCACCCCAUCAAAAUCCCGGCAUGGCAGCACCAUAUCAAAACAAUCAACCCUCUCCAUCGCCAAAGUUAGAUAUUGGAUUCUCAGCGCCGCCAGACCCUACUGGUGCUGACCGGAGAAGAAAACUGCAAAGACCUACCAAUGCGAGCCCAGCACCACCGCAGUCUGCGCCUCCCCAUGGUAGGCAAGGCUUCCCCACAGAUCCGCGACAACCACGAGCCCCGUCAUCACCUAACCCCGGCGGUCACCCUUCGCAGCCGACGAAACAGUCCACCGGUCAUUACCCGGCACGAGGUGACUCUAGGCCGCCUCAACAGUCCCCAGUUUCGAAUCCGCCCCCAAGCAACCCAAGCAAAUCACCCGCUCAAAAGCCUGCUUCUGGCGGAUUACCUGGUAAGGGCCCCAAAACGUUCGAGGAAAUGGGAGUUCCUCAAGGAAAAACGGACAGCGAAUGCGUUGUCAUGUAA